CAACCGUGCAUAUUUUAACACCGCCCUUUUUGCUUUUUCACUGGUGUUUCAAGGUAGUUAGACUGGGAAACUGAAACUGUGUACACUACAGCAGCUAUUGCUAGCUAGCGGUACGGUGUUAUUGGGAGUAGGUCAUAGACACUAGGGUUUUUAGUGUGCCCAGCUGGUGGUCGUUGAACCUACAGUAGGAAACUGAGGAUGUCUGGUGAACUGCCCCUCGACAUUAACAUCAAGGAGCCCAGAUGGGACCAGAGCACGUUUAUGGGUCGUGCCCAGCACUUCUUCAUGGUCACAGACCCCAGGACUGUGCUGCUGUCCUCUGAGACUCUGGAGGAGGCCAGAGUCACUGUGGAGAACUACAGGACUGGGGUGGCAAAGCCUGGUCUUACAGAGGACGAGCUGUGGAGAGCCAAAUACGUCUACGACUCCGCUUUCCACCCUGACACAGGGGAAAAGAUGUUUGUGAUUGGUCGCAUGUCCGCUCAGGUGCCUGUGAACAUGUCCGUCACCGGGUGUAUGCUCACCUUUUACAGGACCACUCCAGCGGUGGUGUUCUGGCAGUGGGUAAACCAGUCCUUCAACGCCGUGGUCAACUACACCAACCGCAGCGGAGACGCCCCCCUGACCGUGAAUCAGCUGGGUGCAGCAUACAUCAGUGCCACUACAGGAGCGGUUGUCACAGCCCUGGGGCUGAAGACUCUAGCCAAGCGUCUCCCCGCCAUCAUGAGCAGGUUCGUUCCCUUCGCCGCCGUGGCCGCCGCCAACUGUAUCAACAUCCCUUUCAUGAGGCAGAGGGAGCUGAAGUACGGGAUCCCAGUGACAGACGAGAAUGGUAACCGGCUCGGAGAGUCCCCCGGUGCCGCCAAACAAGCCAUCGUACAGGUGGUGGUGUCUCGUAUCGGCAUGGCAGUGCCAGCUAUGGCCAUUCCGCCAGUCAUCAUGAACGUGCUGGAACAAAGGGCCUUUAUGAAGCGAUUCCCAGUCCUAAACGCUCCAGUCCAGGUGGGAUUGGUGGGUCUGUGCCUGGUGUUUGCUACUCCCCUGUGUUGCGCCCUGUUCCCUCAGAAGAGUUCCAUGAGUGUUGGAAGCCUAGAACCAGAUCUACAGGAAAAGAUACGACAAAUCAGUCCUCACACUACCACUGUGUACUUCAACAAAGGCCUGUAGGACCAGAUAACAGAAACAUACACACCCACACACACAUGCCAGCACCUCUGCUGGCUGACCCCUGCUACUACAGAUCAUUGAGCACAGCUGAAAGGGAAAAGAAAUGUUAAGAAAGACAUGUCUUGUGUAAAACAUUGAAAUGUUUUUCCUCAUUUGGGUUGAUUGGGUUCAGAUUAGAUAUGAACUCCUUUAAGUGUUACUAAGAAUUUGUUGUUUUUGGACUGUGACGGGCCUGGUCCCUCACAUGGACCCUGUGGAAAGUAAUUAUUUUCAGCAAGGAAUUUAUCAUACAAAACCUCACCAGUUUUCCUAUUUUAAGAGUUGCAAGCACACUUGGAGUAACUCAAUUCAAUAUUUUAGUGGUUUUCUUAGCUCAUGCUGUUGCUGCUUGCUUUUGUCAUUUCAGGCAUUAUAAUCUGAGCUAUGUGUGAGAACGCUACCUAAAUAGGGUUUAAAUAAUUUACCUAUAGAUAGAUAUCUAGUCCAAAUCAACUAUGUGCAUGAUUGUUCAGGAAAAAAGUUAUAAGCACACCAACAGACCUUGUGUUCUGCCCUCGUGUUUGAAAUCCUGUUUAGAUGCCUAUUUUCUACUGCCCAUUGAAGUGUACUUAUCCAACUCCCUGAUACUGUGGAACCAAGUACCAAGGUGUAUAUUUAAUGUGGCAAUAACCAUAGGGAUGCAAUGGCACUGAAUAGUAUUUUAUGUUGCACAGUAAGAACGCCCAUAUUAAAACCAGCAAAACAAUAAAACAAUGUUUUGGCCGUAGAGAUGAUUGCACAAAGGCCUUUUUUGAUUGAGAUAUCAUGAAGUAGAUUUGCAUCUCUGUAACUUCAGCAAAGUUAUGCGUUUGUUAGUUGUGUCAUGUAGUACUGUUGUAAUUGACGAGGAAUGUACUUUAUUGUAUUGGUGUUGGAAAAAUGUUAUUGUCCCCCUAUAUUAUAUAGUGACCCCUGGUUAAUUGACAGCACCCCCCACACACACACACUCCCCCCACCCCUUUCGGUUGUUUUAUUAACCUGAUUGCACGGUUAGAAUGAAAACCGUGUUCUGCAUUUUAAUAGAAAGGCGUGAUACCAGUUUAUGCAAUAGCGAGAGUACGCACACAUAUAUAUAUAUAUGUGUAUGUCAGUACUGAAUUGUGUGCAUUGCACUUGUAUGUGUACCAAAUAACAAAGGAUAUAGACCUAUUUUAUAUUUAUCUGAACAGACUGAACCUAGAAGUAUAUAGCUUAGAGCAUCUUUGAUCAAAACAAAUUCAUGUUGUUUUUCUUUUUUGACAGUAGCAGUUAAAGUACUUAUACGAUAGGGUGAUUGUUGAGUGCGGCCAUGUAUACAUCUCAUACAGUUUAACCAAGGAAUAUAAACUAUGGUAUAUAUUUUUUGUGGGAUAGAUAAAAUAUAACAGACCAUAUAUUCAUUAUGAUUUGUUGUCACUAUAGACUGUAGAUGUUCAACUUCAGGGUGUGCUUCUAUAUUUGUCCACUAGAUGGUGCUGGUUAUGCUCCCUGAACCCCGUCUCUGUGCGUGUUAGUGAAACUCAUAAUUUAACACAGUGUUGCAUGUUUACCAAAUUACGCUUUGUAGUUUAUCAAUUCAGCUUUAUGGAAGUAAGACAUAUUUGAUUGUGAACCUAGAAGGGACUGUUCUGAAAGUUCAUCGGCAAUGCAAUAGUAAUUAAUGAAUCACCUCAUCCAUACAGAUGCCAACAGUUCUCAGUGCUGAUGGUAAUAAUCUGUACUGUAGAUUAUUAGGUGCACUGCAGGGCAGUGUCUUGGUCCUUGCUAUAUUUAUAUUAUUCAUCACUCUUGUGUGUUGGUUUCUUAUUGAGUGGUUUGGGGGUCCCUUGUAUCUUGAGUGAAAUUGCACUAUAUUUUAGUCCUGCAGUGCUGCUGCUGUGUUGCAGACAAUAGUUUAAUGGAAUUACUACCGCUUUUUAAGUAUGUACUGGCAAAAUGUCUUAAUGUAUUGUUUGUGUUUUGUGUUUGAUAUUAACCCACAUCACUGGUUAUUGGUUUUUAGUUAAAGCUUUAUUGUGAAUUAUUAACAUGUUGAAGGUGCCGAAUGGUCAAGAACAAAACCGGAUCAUUUUAGACAACUUGCAGUUAAAGGUAAACAUAAACCAGAAUGUAAAAUGUAUCCAUUUGAUGCAGGACAAUAUGUACUGUGGGUUAACUGUCAACGCCAUGGGUCUAUCCAAAGAAAGCAACAGGUCUGAAUUGUUGAUGAAGGAUAAGCACCACUUUUAAUGUCUUUGUUUCCACAAUCUCUAUUAAGCCUCUCCCUGGGUUUAGUCACAAAAAAACAUAUCUAGGUUCACUUAUUCCUGUCAUGAAAUGUUUUUUUGACAAGCAUGAAUGAAGACAUCUAUUAUAUUGUUACACUCCAUGAAUGGUAUUUCAUGUGAAUGUAGCUUAGUUUUAUCCAUGUAGUUUCAGUAUUGAUGCUUGAUGUUUCCCUCUAUUUUGUAUCGUGUUGGAACAUGUUACACCUAUCUGGACCUAUGUGAGAUGUACAUACUCAGAGCAAUUGAAUAAAGUAUUGAAAUGUC